GGCUUCAUUGUGAUUUUAGCUGUGGAACCAGUGACAUAGUAACUAUAGUUUGUCAAGCCAUUUCCGUCAGUAGAAAAAGCGGCAAAAUAAUAAAAAUUUAGGCGCGAAGGUUGCCGUCCCAUAGAAAAUUUUAAUAUCGCGCCUUUUGCUACUGAAGAAGUUGUUUGACCGUUUAUAUUUAAAUAUUUUAAAUAGAUACAUAAGUGUUUCAAUAGUUUAUGUAUAAAAAUAACUAUACUGAAAAUAUAAAAGAACUUUGAAUAACAUUUAAAUAUUUAAAUAAUAAUAUAAUUUUACAAUGAAAAAACUUGUGUUAAUAUUGACUUGUAUUUGGUUGGAUAAACAUGUGUUUGCGAGGAAGAUCGAAUGUGGUUACAAGCAAUGCCCCCCGACCAGAGAGGGAGCGCUGAACGUGCAUCUCAUCGCGCACUCACACAUGGACGCCGGCUGGGUGAAGACAUACGACCAGUAUUACUACGGAUCCAAACCGACAAUCAGCACAGCCAACGUUCAGCUCAUCUUCCACUCUGUCCUCUCGGAGUUACUCCACGACAAACGGAGGAAAUUCACGUUUUCGGAGGUGAGCUACUUCUGGCGAUGGUGGAAGGAGCAGCGGCCAGCAACGAGGGCCACCUUCCGAGGACUAGUCCAGGAGGGCCGCGUGGAGUUCGCCGGCGGAGGCUGGGUCCAGGGGGAUGAGGCCACGACGGAUUUUCUGAUGAUACUUGACCAGUUUACCUGGGGACUCAGAAAGAUGAAUGACACCCUCGGUCCCUGCGGCAAGCCGAAGGCCGCCUGGCAGAUCGACACGUACGGCCACACGAGGGAGCAUGCCUCGCUACUGGCUCAAAUGGGCUAUGAUGGACUCUUCAUAGGUAGAGUCAACCACAAAGACAGAGAAGCCAUGUUGGAGGAAGAAAGAAUGGAGUUUAUGUGGAGAGGGAGCGAUGUUUUAGGCAAGAUGUCGGAUAUAAUGACGCACACACUGUUUAACCUGUACAACGCUCCGGACGGAUUCUGCUUUGAUUUCCUCUGCAACGAGGAACCAAUCAUCGACGACCCUGACAGCAAGGCGUACAACGCAGAGAAACGGGUCAACGACUUCAUAACUCAAAUCGAGCACCAAGGCAAGUACUACGAACACGACAACAUCUUGGUGACCAUGGGUGGUGAUUUCACGUACCAGAGCGCUGCCAAUUGGUUCAUGAGUAUGGACAAACUCAUCAAUCACGUGAACACGCACCCCGCCAACAUGUCCGACAUCAACAUCUUCUAUUCGUCGCCAUCCUGCUACCUGAAGGCGCUCUACUUGAACGGGCGGAGGGACAAAGCCAUCUAUACUGAAAAGGGUGAUCACCUGCCGUAUGGUAGCGACUCAAGCACGUACUGGACCGGGUUCUACACGUCGAGGCCCAGCAUCAAGUAUCUCACGAGGAAGACACACAUUUUCCUCCAGAUAGCGAAGCAGCUGACAGUCCUCGCCCGGAUGGGAGAUUCGUACGAACUGCAUCUACUGCGACACGCGCUUGGCAUCAUGAUGCACCAUGAUGCUAUAACAGGAACGAGUCAGCAGCAUGUUGCAAACGAUUUCGUGAAAAUGCUGACCGAGGCUUUCGUCGCGUGUACGAAGAAGGUUUCCACUUUACUGAGCUACCUGACACCGACGUGGGCCGGCGCUCGGCGAUCGAAAAGUAACCAGCAAUUCAACACGUGUUAUCAAAUCAACAUGAGUCAAUGCCCGUUUGUCGAGAGUCAAGAGAGCCUCCUCCUCCUAGUAUACAACCCCCAGAGUGUGAAGACAUACUACUACGUCCGCCUACCAGCCAUAGCCCUACACUACGUCAUCAGGAACGCGUAUGAUGAGGAACUAGAAUACCAGCUUUCUCCACUGGCUCCAGCGAUCACCAACCUGCCGGGGCGAACCGCCACCACCAACCACGAGCUGGUCUUCGAGGCGGAGAACGUCCCGCCCCUGGGCUUCGCAUCCUUCUACAUCACAGCUAUCAAGGAUCCUCUGGGAGAUUUGGAAUACAUGAAGAAUAAGAAAUUCGGCCCCGACCCCGAGUUGUUAACGCAGAUCACUAAUGAGUAUCUGAAGGUAACCAUCAACAAGCAGACGGGUUUACUGGAAUCCCUUCACCACGUGAGCGGCGUGAAGGUCGAGAUCACCCAGAACCUCUACUACUACGGGCAGACCAGAGGCAGCCUCCAGUCGGGAGCGUACAGCUUUAGGCCUGACCAGCGACCAACACCUAUCGCAGAAAAGGCAACAUACAAUACGAUCCGAGGGGCCCUGGUGAAGGAGAUCCACCAGCGUUUCUCAAACUGGGCCUCGCAGACCCUGCGGCUAUAUCGAGGGGAAGAGUACCUCGAGAUUGACUGGGUCAUAGGACCAGUGCCCAUUGGCACAGACCUGGGGAAGGAAGUGGUGUCCAUCUUCACGAGCAACAUCAGCAACCGCGGGGAGUUCUACACCGACUCCAACACACGCCAGAUGAUGAAGAGGUCCUGCUGGAACGAGUCUGCUGGUCAAGUCGUCAAAAAGCCAGUGGCGUCGUGCUACUAUCCUGUGACGUCCCGGCUAUGUAUCCAGGCAUUCAACGCUAGCACAGGGAUGUGUAUAUUGCCCGAUAGGACCCAAGGCGGGACCUCAUACAACGACGGGGAAAUAGAGCUCAUGGUCCACAGAAGACUGCUGACUGACGACGGCUUCGGUUUGGACGAGACCCUGAAUGAGGAGGAACACGGUACGGGGCUGGUGGUCCGCGGGCAGCAUCGGCUGUUGCUCGGCAGUAAACAAAAGCUGGAUGGAGAAGAGUUUCCGUUCCAAGAGAGAGUGAGCCACAGUGCUCGUCGCUGGCAGUGGGAGCCAUGGGUCUUUGCAGCCUCAGCUGACAAGUUGAACAGGAGGAAGUGGCAGGGCAUGAGGAAUAAGCGGUUCUCGGCGCUGCGCGUCCACGGGUUGCCUCGACAGAUUCGGAUACUAACCCUGGAGCCCUGGAAGGCUGGCUCCGUGCUGCUCCGACUUGAGAACACCUUGGAGAAGAACGAUAGAAUCACUCAAAGACUGGAUCUGCCGGAUGACACGCCGCUGCCCACACACAUCAACGUGGAACUUAGGAAACUCUUUCAGCAUCUGAGAAUCAAGUCGGUGAGAGAGACUACUCUCGCAGCCAAUCAGUGGCUAGAGGAGGCGAGGCAGAUGGACUGGAGUACCAGAUACGUGUACACCGGCGGAGACGACGGUAUUAUGUCAGAAGACGUGGAUUACGUGGAAGACGAGAAAUCUGCACAUAAGGAUUCAGAAGCUGAGCCGGAACAAGACCCCGACUUCUCCGACAAAAGAUCCGAGCGACGCAACAAACACAAGAGAACAACAAGAUACGAAAACAGAAAGAAACGGGACAUCAACAUAUCUGAAAACCUCGUUGAUAACGACUUCGUUGACUCCGAAGCCAAAGAAAUUACCACUGAAGCUGACGAACAGACGAAUGAGUCUGACUUUAACGAUUCCAUAUUUGGUAAUGUCACUGAUGUAGAUGAUGAAACUAUAGAACUGACGACAGAAGGCAAUUUUGAAGAAACAGAUGUAUUUACAAAUAAAACUGAUGUUAAGAAGUAUUUUGCAUUAGGAGAUAAUUCUGGACUGACAACAGAGAAAUCAUUGGGGAAAAGAAGAAAGUUUGAAAGUGAAUUGAAGGCUUUGGAUACUUUCGAAGAUGUAUCUUCGAUACGGUCGAGUCAAAAGGAUAGUCAGAAGCGUCCAGCAGAGGGUACCGACAUCAACCCUGAUGAAACAGAUGAUGGGGUCACAAAGUCUAUGUAUGAGAUGUAUUACAAGAAAAAGACUGCAGUCAAAAUGAAGAGCUUCAAGAAAGCGUUUAAACCUCGACCACGGUGGCAAAAGAGACCGAAGAAGAUUAGCGAAGAUAAGGGAUCAGCUGUACGUAGAGAAGCCGAAAUGAAGCCGAAUGAACCUUACGGAUCAAGAGCGUACGUGUACGAGAGUGGAGAAGAGAAACAGGGCGGAGAUGAAGAUGAGGACGUGGAUAUGGAACCAGCUCGGAUGCGCACGCGUCGGCAAAGAGAAGCCAGAAGGAGAAAGAGGUCGACGGGCCGCGCAGCCCUGACCCGCGAGGAGCCCGAAUUCGUGGUCACAUUACGCCCCACACAGAUCCGUACUUUCGUCAUACGCUUCGAGACUUCCAAAAACUAUGUUAUCUAGACUAAUAUAGGCACAAUUGAACAUAAUUAUUAGAGAUGCACCGGACAUUCGGUUACUAUCCGGUAUCCGGCCUAUCCGGCCGUUAUUUUAAUAUCCGGCCGGAUACCGGAUAGUGACCUACUAUCCGGCUGGACACCGGAUAGUAACUUUGCUUGAUUUCGGAGUAAACAAAUUGGAUUUAAGAAGCAGUCACGGUCAUAAUCGUACUCGUUUAUUAAAUUUUGAAACAAUUUAAAUAUUCCACUCACUUGCACGAGCACUUAUUUCGAAGCUAGAAAUGAGUCCGCGCGAACGUUCACUACGAAACAGAUCAAAAUCUGCACAAUGCGCACCUGAAAAACCGAAAUGUAGAUAUAGUUCCGCCAGCCGAAUGUUCGGCGGCAGGAUACCGAAUAUUCGGCCGAUUGUCAGGCCGAACAUCCGGUAUCCGGUAUCCGGCAAAACAACUAUCCGUUGUAUCUCUAAUAAUGAUUAGACAAUUAGAUAGAAUUAGAGAACUAGAGCCGGUCGGUAUUUAGGUAUACCUGUAUUUUGGCGGCGAAGGGGUUAUGGGGUGUAUUCGGUCCUACUACUUGCCGUGAUGGAACAGUCAGCAGCAGAAGUUGCUAAGCGGGCCAGGCGUUCAAAAUGAUCUUGACGCGACUUUAUUGUUAAGAGAAUAAGAGCGUGUCAAGGUAAUUUUGAACACCUCGCCCGCUUAGCAACUUCUGCUGCAGACUG